CAUCAACAAUGAAAUCACAAUGGAAGAAAAUGUAACACUGGUGACAGAGUUUGUUCUCACUGGACUCGCAGAUCUCCCUGAACUUCGGACCCCUCUCUUCUUGGCGUUCUUACUGAUCUGCCACAACAUGGUGGGGAAUAUUGGGCUGGCUGUGCUUGUUUGGAUGGACUCUCACCUUCACACGCCCAUGUACAUAUUCCUCAGUAGUUUAGCUUUUGCAGAUGCUUGGGCUUCCUCUUCCAUGACCCCUAAAAUGUUGGUGAAUUUUUUAACUGAGAAUAAAAUUAUAUCCCUUUUGGGAUGUUUUGCCCAAUUUUACUUCUUUGGAGUCAGUGCAACUGCAGAAUGUUUCCUUUUGGCAGCAAUGGCGUAUUACCGAUAUGCAGCCAUAUGCAACCCUCUCCUUUAUCCAGUGAGAAUGUCCAAUGGACUGUGCAGCCAGCUGGUGAUUGCUUCCUAUACACUUGGCUUUCUUCAUCUCAUGGUUCAUGUGGGUUUAUUAAUUAGAUUAACCUUCUGUAGAACCAAUAUAGUACAUCAUUUCUAUUGUGAAAUUUUACCAUUGUUUAGGAUUUCCUGUACUGACCCAUCUCUCAAUUCGCUAGUGAUUUUCAUUUUCUCUGUCUCUAUACAAUCCUUCACUCUAAUGACAACCUUAGUCUCAUACAUGUAUGUCCUCCUUGCCAUCCUGAGAAUUAAGUCUGCACAGGGCAGGAGCAAAGCCUUCUCCACCUGUAGUGCACAUCUGUUCUCUGUCUCUUUAUUCUAUGGCACACUUUAUAUGUACGUGUUUCCUGGGUCUGGUGUCGCCAACAAUCAGGACAUAAUGUACUCCUUGUUUUACACAGUGAUAAUUCCUCUAUUAAACCCAUUUAUCUAUAGCCUGAGAAACAAAGAGGUUCUUGGUGCCUUGAGAAAAAUAAAGAGGUUCUUGGUGCCUUGA